UCUCUCUCUUUCUCUCAAUAUUACCUGUAUAGGUGUGUUGGUGCUUUUUGUUUUGAAGAAAAAACAUCCAUUUCCUUCAUGUUCCAAGCCUUAUUUGAGAAAACUUCUUGAAUUACAAACCUUUGCCUCUCCUUUGUGAAGCUUUUGAUUGAGAAUUUAUUUCAGGUAAACUAAAUUAGGGCUCCUUUCUCAAUAUAUAAAAAACGUUAGGGUUUUUCCUCCAAAAAAAAAGGGUUAGGGUUUCUACUUUCUUCUACUAAUCCCAAUCACUUUGCGCUUUCAAUCGCCGAUGGAGUCAGUCGCUGCAAAAAAAAGAAAGGUGAGCACAACCUGUAUAUCUGAUGAUAUUGCCUUCUCUAUUCUAUCCAAAUUGCCUUUUAAAUCUAUUAAGCGAUUUGAAUGCGUUCGUAAAUCAUGGUCUCUGAUCUUAUCUGAAAACCCUCACUUCAUGAACAUGUUCUACAAGAAUCUUUUAUCUAAUUCUCACAGAUAUCCUUAUUACGAUGGAGCAUCUCUUCUUCUAAAGGAUUUAGAACUUGGUAAAGAAGUUUUCUAUUCUAUUUAUGGUGAAAGGUUUGAGAACAAAGUACAAUUAGAUUUCACAAAUCCAUUUGCAAACCGUUUCAAUUUUCGUAUUUUUGGUUUUGGUAGUAUUAAUGGCACACUUUGUCUCCAUCAAGAUGAUUAUAAUGGCAAAACUCUAUUGUGGAACCCAUCUACACAUGCAAUCAAGCUCAUUCCCCCCACUCCAUAUGAGUUAGUUGAGUCGUCUAUUGACGAAGAUGUUGAAGAUUUUGAUAGUAUAGAUGAUACAUCUUAUCUUCAUGGAUUUGGUUACGAUGAACUUAGAAAUGACUAUAAUGUCAUUUGUUAUGUAUCUAUUAUGGGUGAGCACGCUGGUUACGGUGAUAUGACUUUAGACCCGUUCUGGAAGAUAUAUAGCUUAAGAACUAACUCGUGGAGGAUACUUGAUGUUUUUGACAUGCCUUAUUCUUUGGCAUGUAUUGACGGCACUCAAGUCUACAUGAAUGGUGUGUGUCAUUGGUUGUGUGAAGAAGAAGAAGAUAGUCAGGAUGGACCAUGUUUGGUAUCAUUUUACUUGAGCAAUGAGAAAUUCUUCAUAACACCCGUUCCCUCAUACUUGGAUGAUUGUUUCGAUGUUCAAGCAUUGUGGAUAAACUUGGUGGUGUUAAACGGGGCCAUUGCGUUGAUCUCAUAUCAUGAAGAGACGACUAAUUUUCACAUAUCGAUUUUGGGUGAAUAUGGCAUUAAGGAAUCGUGGACCAAACUCUUCCUUGUUGGACCGUUGUCUUGCAUUGAGCGUCCUAUCGGAGUGGGGACAAAAGGAGAAAUAUUCGUCAUCAGAAAAGAUAAAGAGCUAGUUUGUAUUGAUUUAAGUACUCAAAUGAUUGUGGAGCUUGUUUACAAAGAAGUGAAUUCUAUUGAUAGGAUAGUAAUAUACAAGGAAAAUAUUCUUCCAAUUGGAGGAAUAAGUAAUUAGUUAUUUAUCCAGAAGUCCUAGCUCAACUGGCAAAAUGCCGAAAUUGUUAGGCCGGAUGUCAUGACCGGGGUUCGAACCCUGGUACCUCCACUUGUGUGUGUGAGUUUAUAAUGGCUUUGCCAUUUCGUCUAUCUAUCAAAAAAAAAAAAAGUAAUUAGUUAUUUUUCUUGUUUUCACGAGGAGCAAAAUGAUUGUGGUGAUUGGGAUAUUACCUUGUAUGCAAAGUGUCUUGUCUAGGAAUCCUGGAGAUUGCUUUAAUCGGUAGCGGGCCAUUAUCCUUGUAUCGUCGCUGAUGCUUAUGUGGUUCUGUUUUGGCUAAUCCAGGUCUGUUUUUCUGGUCUGCUGUUGCUGUCUUUCUGGUAUGUGGUUACUGUUUGGCAGUGGGGGUUCUGGAAGUUUCUUCGGUCGAUCCCACCGUUUUUCUGGGCAGCCUCCAGGCUUGUUUUUUGCGGCUUCCUUGUGGCCUGGCAAAGUUUACCGCUGUCGUGUUUUCUUCUGUUUGAUUGGUGGAUACAGUUAGAGUAUUUGCUUUUUUUUUUUGGUGUCGUCUGUUGCUUUUGGGGUUUGGCCUGUGGGCUAGUUGUUGGUGGUUUUUGUAUUGUUGUGUUUUUGGGGUUCGUCUUAGUCGAGAGACCCUUUUGGUUGUAUUGCUUUGUCAAUUUUAUUUUGAAUGUUUAAUCUGUUUCCAUUUGCAAACUUAUCUGAUUUCAAUAUCAAUGAAAAUAUUGAUCUUUUGACUUUAGUGAAUGACCUCCAGCAAUAUUCAUGCAACUAUGUUUAGUUUUCUGCUUUAUUUUUUCUUUUGUAUCCCAAACCAAAAUAAUAAACCUGCCCUGUUCAAGUUUAGUGGCUUAGUUCGAAUCAGUUAAUCUUCUUCAUAUACCUGUUGAUAGCUGCACAUGGUGGAUAUUUAAUACAGUAAAUUCCAAAAUCUUAUGACAUUGUGAAGUUGGUGGAAUGUAAUUUGCAACCAAGACAUUGUUUCCUUAAUUUGCCCGUCUUUCAUUUUUGUUUGGUCUGACUCCUCUAACGUAAGGGCCUAGACUACCACAAUGUGGUGAACCAUUGUUUGAAUCCCGGUUGGGAGAGGUACCCACAUUUAUUAUGCCGGAAGACCUCAAAUAGACCCUCUUUUGAACACAUCAUUGGAGCCAACUUCUGAUACAUGGCUUUUACUUAUUGACACAAAAUGAAUUAUUAACCUUAAAUCUAAAUGUUUUCUUUGUUGGGUGUUUGGUCUUUUACUCAGUUUAUGAUAUCUUUGUAGGAAAAGCACGAAUCACAUGCUUAUGAUAUUUUGCAUCAGGCCACUUUGUUGUUUUUCUGAAGAAUUGUAUGUGUACGCUCAAGCGUGCACGCAUACACACUCAGAGGAGUAGUCAAUAACUGAAAGAAUAUUGCCUUCUCAUUUCUGCGAUACAGAUCCAACCUAAAUGAUCCCAGCUGUUCCAAGCAAUGCCUCUGACAAUUUGUACUGCACACUUCAUGUGUUGUUCAUGGAGCAAUGACAGGUUACAUACAUACAUACAAGUGGACUUGUCAAUGGACAACAAACAUGUAUGUGAGUUCACUAAGCAUGGAAAUGUGUACUGCACACUUAUUUUCACAUUUGCUUGGUAAUAUUUAUCACAUUUUGGCUGCAAGAAUGGUACUCUUUUGGCCAACUCUCAUUGUUAUGCACAGAAUCACAUUGAGCAUCCUAUCAGAGUGGGGACGAAAGGAGAAAUAUUCUUCAUAAGAAAAUGCGAAGAACUGGUUAGGGAUAUUCUUCACCAAGAGGUAUGUGAAUGUGGUUAUUGGGAUAUUACCUUGUUUACCCUCUUUACUAUCUUCAAACUUAUUUGGUUUUUAUAUCAAGGAAAAGAAUGAUAUUUUGCCCUAACUAACCUCUUGUAUCAUGUAGAAAUAACUUGAUAAUCUAAUGAGCAGCAAAUCUCUCUUUGAAAUUCUAUUACAUUCUUCCAGAAAUUAUGUAUC